AUGGUGUCGGACCAGGACAUAGCCGAGGGUUUGGAGUCUCUUCUUCGCGAGUCGAACCCUAACAACAGCCUAAACUCCCUACACGCCGUUGUUCAGCAGCUUCAAUCCAAACUAGGGUUAGACCUCACUCACAAAAUCGACUUCAUUCGAACCCAGAUCCACCUUCUCCUCCGACCUCAACCACCACCACCACAGUUCCUCCAGCCUCCGAAAGACCAUUUUGCCCUCCACCAGAACCCUAAUUUCCACCCUGCUCCUCCUUCCCAAGUCUCUCCCAAUUUCACCGUCCGUCGUCCCGAGGAUUUCGGUUUCCGACCGCCGCAGCCACCGCCGGCCAUAAAAUCGGAGGCAUUAGCUACUCCUGUCGCCACCACUGCUGCCGCCGCCGUGACCUCUGACGUUGAUGCUCCUGAAGCCCCAAAAGAAAGUGCUCAACCUGGAAAAAAGAGAAGAGGUGGUCCAGGUGGCCUAAACAAGCUCUGUGGUGUUUCUCCUGAACUUCAGACCAUUGUUGGCCAGCCGGCAUUACCAAGGACUGAGAUUGUGAAGCAGCUGUGGGCAUACAUAAGGAAAAACAACCUUCAAGACCCAAGCAACAAAAGGAAGAUAAUUUGCAAUGAUGAGCUGCGUUUGGUAUUUGAGACAGAUUGUACAGACAUGUUCAAGAUGAAUAAGCUGCUAGCUAAACAUAUUAUUCCUCUGGAACCUACAAAGCAGACUGGUCAAAAUUCUAAGAAAUUGAAGGUAGAAGCUGAAUCUGGUAGUAGAAGUACUGAAUCUGUUCCGAUUGUGAUAAUGUCCGAAGCACUUGCCAAUUUCUUUGGUACCAGUGAAAGGGAGCUGUCGCAACCCGAGGUUUUAAGACGUGUCUGGGAAUACAUAAAGGUCAAUCAACUUGAGGUAUUUCAUCUGGAGCUUGGUUUGAUAUCUUCAUUGAUGUUCUGAGCUGCCCUUUCCUUAAAUUGAUUUGGUGAAGCUUGGUAUCAUCCGAGAAAGAGUUGUUUACUACUUGUGUCAGUAAGAAAACGUUGCGUGGUUACAUUUCUAACACUCGGUGCCCUUAUCAGAGUGCCUUUACUAAAUCUGAUGCAUAAGCUGUUAGGUUUACUUUGUUAAUCUUUAUGAAGAGAUGUUUUUAUCAGUUUUUCAAAAUCUAGGAUGCUUUGAAAGCAAAGUUAAGCACAAGGUUGGGAGUGGUGGAGCAUCUAAUGAGCAAUCAGUGCGGACAACUUACUAGAGUGUACACUCUAAAAAUGUAUUCUGUUUUUUUACUUUCUCAAUUAUACUAUUGAUCUUUAUAUUGGGAACCUACCUGCAAGCUUCUUGCAUUUUCUGAAUGUUGAUUGUGAGAUUUGUCAGGCUAUGGUUGAAAUAUAACCUGUCUCUCUUUUUUUCCUAUAUUAGGAUCCAUUGAAUGCGAUGGUGAUAGUAUGUGAUGCGAAGCUUCAAGAGCUUUUUGGGUGUGAAAGCAUUUCUGCUUUAGGGAUAUCUGAGAUGUUGGCACGCCACCAUCUAUAUAAGAGAUCAUGAAAGCUGAUCUUGUUCACCGGUUAGUUGCUUAUACAUUUGACAUAGCUUUCUUGACAUACUGUUUGCAGGAUAACUUCAGUUUAUUCUAGUGUGCUUUUUUCUCAAGCCCAUGUUUCUGAUGUAUGACUUGUGUUCAUGGACAUAAAUGAUUGGAACCAAGGAUAUCAAAGAUUACUUUGUUUCCUGUCGUGUGAUCUUAGGUCAAACACAUUUAGUCGAUGAAUUACUGAAUUUUGAUUAAAGGCAGGAGACCUCUUUGCUUUGUUCCAGUUUUUAGAUUUAUUUCCUCUUCAUCUAUUUCUCUUUAUUUACAGUUGACCAGAACAUGUAUUAGUUUGUUUAACUUUAGAUGAACCCUGUUUAGUGGGCUUUUCAAUUUUGAGAUGCCUUUAGUAUGUAUGAAAACCGUGCAUUUUAGUAAACCAUUAAAACAAAACGCAAAUCAUUCAUCUCUUUUUGAGGUCACCAAUUCUCCAUAACUUUCAGUGAAAGUGAUUGUGGACUAGAAUUAUUCGUGAUGCUCAAGUAUUACAUGCAUACAUUGUCACAAAACAUUAAUGGAAUAUGUCAUUGGUUGCAGAUGCAGGUGUUAAUGCUAACCUACGUUGUUCUGACAUUCUCUCCAUGAUUUUCCUGAA